UUGCGUAUGAUUCAUUCUGCUUUAAUUAAAACCUUUCAAGUGAAAACGCAUUUAAAGUUGCAUAGUACCAUAUAAUAUGGCGGAUAUGACGUCACCAAGACGUUAUCUUGAGACUGGAAGCGGCUUACGGUGCGAAUCUGCGUGGAGUCCAAUGCCAGAACACCUUAUCAACUUCCGGGACAAGGCAGACGAGCCACCAUCUCCGGAUGUAGGAGUGAGCAGAGGCGGAAAUGAACACAUAUGUAGCACGUGCGAUAUGACGUUCAAGACGCGCGCGCAGAUGAUUUACCACCAGGCGGCCUUCUGCAUCGGCAAGUCGCUCGACGAAGAUAGUAUUCCUUCACCGGAACUGGAUUCUCCGGAACCAAGUCUUGGACUUCCGGCCGAGGCGACGACGUUGGUUGAAAAAUCGAAUAAGUCACGGUCGUCGCAGCCGAAGAAGUCGACGGCUCGAGCUGCAGAUGAUGCCAUUGUUGACGGGGGAGACAUAGCCGGCGAUGGAACUGCCAGGGAGAAAACUGACGCAGACGCCACAAAGCCAACACAAUUGCCGGUAUGGCGGAAGGCGUCGAACGGAACGGUGCCCCCACACAGCUUUCGGACGGACAGUCUCGCAUCCUCCGCUUUAUAUGUCUGUCUUGCCCACAUACGAUCAGAGCGAGUUCCGGGUACAGUUAUCCCGGUUGACGGAGGCGCUACUUUUGUUGUCGACGGAGAAGAGUUUAAGGGCUGCGAAUAUGACGUCAUCACCGACCCUGGAGAGCAGUUAACAUGGGAAUGCUGUGACGUUAUCGGUGGAAUCCCUCGGCGUGCGAUAAAGGGAGGCUACGACAAAAACGGACUACAAUUAUUUAUUUCUCGAGUUACUGCCCCUGACGGUACGUGGUGGUGUGGUAAAUAUGCGCCGCAGGAACAGCAAUGCAGCUACGCCUGGGACGGCGGGGUGUACACAUCAAACGACAUUGAAUUUCUUUGUCUUAAACCUGAAGAGAUUAACUCAGAGAUAUUAGAAACGUAACAUUCGAAUGCCUUUGAAGUUUUGUUUUACUGGACACAUGAUCGCACAUCGGACAAAGGGGCAGUAUAAACGUAACCACAAACACUUCGCCUUUAUGAGUGUCCCCCCUUUAUGCCAUCUUCUCGCUGGUUAGUUAUCACGCGACUUCAAAAAACUUCUGAAUGUACCUUCAUUUUUUCUUUUCUUUCAAAGUACCAUUUCUCGGAAAUCAUUUAUAAUUGUAGGUUUCAUUCGUCAUUGUUUCUUUAUAAGUGCUUCACGUCUAGACGUUAAUUCCGACGUCAUAUUUGUGGAUAUAUAAUGAAAUAAAAUGGAUGCCAUCCUCAUAAUUAUACCAAUUAAUAGUGUGUUUUACGUACCACAGACCUAUAAAAUCAAUAUCGAAUAACGAAUACAAUCGAACCUGCUAUUUCGAUUUAUGACCGAGUAUGUUAUCAAAAUUAAAAGUAAUGAUUUGAAUAACGUUGCAUGAACGAAUUACAAACUGAGAGUGAAAUGCUGUACAUAAAAGUGUUUAAACAUUCAAACAAUGUAAUCGUCAACGUAAGAUUUAAUUCAAUUAGUGUUUACGCUCACACCCCUGGCAAUCGCUGAACGGAUUCGAUAGUUUAGAAGGUUUUCGACAUAAAAGACCGCCAAUGUUCUUUGCCGUUUAGUCAUUUAUUGGCUUUAUUUAAAGUGCAUUGUCCAGCGGUUUAAUUCCCUUAAGUGAUAAAGAAGACCAAAAUUAAAUAAUAUUUUUUUUCUUAGAUAUAACUUCAGUGACACUCUUAUAAGUUUAGUUUAUUCUUCUUCGUUUAUUCAAAUGUUUUACUGAACAUUUCUAUUGUAUAGUGAAUGCAAUCAUAUGUAAUUAAUAUUCCAGCAAUUCAUACGUUUAUCUCUAGUUUUUGAUAUUAAUUUUUUUAUUUGAUUUAAGUAGUUUUUCCAUUUAAAUCACCAGAGGAAAACUGUUUCCUCUUGAUUUUAUGAACAACAUCUUCUUUUAAAGCGGAAAUUACGUCAUGUGCAUAAACACGUGCCAGAUCCUUUAUUUUUUUCACGAGUGGCGAAGCGAGGGAAAUUAAAUACGAUAUUAAACUGAAAUCUUUAAUAUUUCGUUUAUAUACAUAAAUGCCUUUUCCCGGAGUUGUAUUAGUGUUGUGAUUUUUUCUAAAUACCCUUUUUUGAAAAGAGUGUUUGCUACACCGCUUACCAAGGGAUGCUUAUCACGCAAAGUCUUAAAUGCUGACGACAUACCUGUCAUUCCUUUUUCAGGCUAGUCGGGAUUUUUUCUAAUAUUUUUUUAAAGUGUUCUAUUUACUCGUGUUUUAGUGCAAACAUUUACUAGGAACAUUCAUCCAUGAUUUUUUAUUAAUGCAUCUUUGUUCCAAAUAAAAACAGUUAAUCGAUGGAAGUAUUUUUCAAUUGAACAGGGCAUAAAUUCAUGACCAAAAUAGCACUGGUCGCCAUUUUCUAAAUUAUUUUCUUUUGUAAAGGCCAAAGGUGUAAGCAAAACAAAUGUGAAUCAAUAUCGGAUUUACCACAGG